AUUUCAGAUUUUAACCUCUAAAACCCAUAGCCCCCAAAACGACAGCUAAAACCCUAAUUUCAGUAGUUCAUUAACAGGUCUCUGUAAUACUGAGGAGCUUUCACAUUCUGCUCUGAACUUAUACACAGUGGUUUAUAGGAAAAAUUACACUGUCUGUGACGGCAGCUUUGAAGUCUUCUGUGUUUUAUUUUUCCAUAAUAAUGGAAAAGGACACCUCUUUUCUAUUCGCUGGUAUUACAUUCGACCGCAAAAAAUUCGCCCACGAUUUCGCCAGAUUCCAGGAGAAAAAAGAGAGUGAUAAUCUAGUAGAAAAGCCCAAAUUGAUUGAAAAUGGAAAUUCUGAAAUAGAAGAAGGGACAACGGCACUUGUCACUAAGAAGAGGAAGAGAAAGGCACCUCUUUCGGAUCCAGUUAAAGGGUUCAAUUUAUUCAAAAGUUCAAAAUCGAAAGCUGUAAAUGAAGGACCUGACCAGCACGAAGAUGACAUUUUACAGGGAAAGAAGGAAUAUCAUCGCCAACUAGAGAGGGAUGCAAUUUUCCGAAAGACGCAUAAUAUUCAUGUUUCUGGGAGUAAUAUCCCAUCACCUCUUCAUAAUUUUGCUGAGCUGAGAUCAAGAUAUAGCUGUAGAUCAUAUCUAUUGCGCAAUUUGGCUGAAUUGGGAUUUAAAGAACCAACACCAAUCCAAAGGCAGGCUAUUCCAGUCUUACUAUCUGGAAGGGAGUGUUUUGCAUGUGCUCCAACUGGUUCUGGCAAAACCUUCGCGUUUGUUUGUCCAAUAUUAAUGAAACUCAAGAACGCUUCGAAGGAUGGUGUUAGGGCGGUAAUUCUUUGUCCUACACGUGAAUUAGCUGCUCAGACGGCAAGAGAAUGCAAGAAACUGAUUAAAGGAAAGAAGUUUUAUAUCAAAUUAAUGACUAAGCAGCUUGCUAAAGGUGCCGACUUUUCAAAGUUCCCCUGUGAUAUACUCAUAUCAACGCCAUUUCGUUUGCAGUAUGCUAUUAAAAAAAGAAAGCUCGAUUUAAGCAAGGUUGAAUUUCUUGUCCUGGAUGAAUCAGACAAGCUAUUCGAGUUAGGUUUGGUAGAGCAAGUUGAUGCGGUGGUGAAAGCAUGCUCAAAUCCUUCAAUCUUGCGCUCAUUGUUCAGUGCUACUUUACCUGAUACUGUCGAAGAGCUUGCACGUACAAUUAUGCAUGAUGCGGUCCGAGUUAUUAUCGGGCGGAAAAACUCUGCUUCUGAAUCGAUAAAGCAAAAAUUGAUAUUUGUAGGAAGUGAGGAGGGUAAGCUUCUUGCUCUUCGUCAAAGCUUUGCAGAGUGUUUGAAUCCACCAGUGCUACUUUUUGUCCAAAACAAGGAGAGAGCUAAGGAACUCUACAAUGAAUUGAAAUAUGAUGAAAUAAGAGCUGAUGUGAUACAUUCUGAUUUGUCCCAAAUACAGAGAGAAAAUGCAGUUGAUAACUUCCGGUCUGGGAAAACAUGGGUUUUGAUCGCCACCGAUGUUAUUGCCCGUGGCAUGGAUUUCAAAGGUGUCAAUUGUGUGAUCAAUUAUGAUUUUCCGGAUUCUGCAGCUGCUUAUAUUCACAGGAUUGGUCGGUCGGGCAGAGCUGGGAGGAGUGGAGAGGCUAUAACCUUAUACACGGAAGCUGACGUUCCAUUCUUGCGAAAUGUAGCCAACGUCAUGACUGCUUCUGGCUGUGAGGUACCCUCAUGGAUCAUGUCCUUGCGCAAGAAAAAAUGGAGGAAGCACAGGCCACAGAGGGAAUCAAUUUUUACCAAACUGGAAGAUGAGGAAGAAUAGACUAUGGCUAGAUGCAAGAAUCGAUAAGUAUUUGUGCUGAGCUCUUUUUAUUACUUUUCAAAAAACAACUGUUUCCUUUUACGUCUCAAGUUUCUGGCAUUUGCAACACAUUUGUCUCAGCGCCAGAUUUCUGUUGCCAGAAAUGAUUGGCAGUUCAUUUUUCUCAUCGUUGAAAGAUGAGAUAUCCAACUUUGCUAGCUGCCUAAUAUCCUCCCACCCCUCCUUUCACGGUGGUCUGCAAUUUGGUCCAGAGUUCCCCCGCCCAA